AUGAUGAUCGCUAUUGUAGCUGGUGUGGCAGCUGUGAUAUGUGUGGCUCUCAUUUUACUGUGCGUGUGGCUUAUAAUCAGUCAGAGAAGAAAGCACAGUAAAGGCAUCCACAGUCGAGUGUCCAUCGAUAUCCUCAAUCAACAAUCAAUUGUUACUCGAUCAACACUUCAUCUACACCGUGGUCGACACUUGAUUGACAUCUUGGUCAACAGAAUGGUGGUAAUUAUGAUGCUGGAACAACAGCCAUAUAAUAAAAACGAGUAUUGUUCUGGCUUAUUUGCAGGUAAUCCGUCUUACGAGACUUGCGACGAUUUGCUACUGACGAAUCCUGGUGCGAAAGACAACCAAACCAUUAAGUUGAAUAAUGUACAGAGAAAACUGCUUAACACAGCGAAAAGAAUCCCGCAUACCAAGGAAAACACCUACGACAGUGCAGAUGUCAGAUCUAAUCAAAGAGGGAAACCAAAUGAAGUGAAAUCUGUUUAUCAGAGUUUGGUGAACGAGGAAGCCCGCGCGCACAACAGACCCGAACUGAACGCUACCUACCAGAGUUUAAACCCCGAUGGCGUUAUAUAUCAACCACUGCUAAAAAACACGGUACAUAAGCACCGGGACGAAGCGCCUGAAUAUCUAGUCCUUCUUAACCCCAGCGAAACCGCAGGAAAAAUCUCUCCUAGCCCCCCUCAGUAUCAACCACCGUACUCCACAGGCCCACCCCCAGCAGACGUCGACGAGUCACCAGAGUAUGCUGACUAUGCGGAUCUAGAUGAACUCGAAGAGAUGUCGGCAAAGGAGGCUUCCAACAGGACUUCAGAUCAGGGCCCAUCGUAUUCAGCACCCCUAUAUAAUGUCCCUGAGGGACCUGGUCACGAUUUCGCUUGUGCUCCCAUGUACGACGUCCUAGAGGGACCACAUCUGGGAUUUGAGUCCCCUAUGUAUGCGGUCCUUGAGGGGCCAGAUACAAAUUGAAUUGGAAAAGAACCUCUGCUUAGAACCACUCGGUUUUCUUUCACGUAACGUAUGACGUAAAACUGACGUCAAAAGACUUGACUGCACGUAGCACUACAUAACGGGCAGCGUGUACACGUUCUGAGGCAUGCGUACGCCUAAUAAAACCAGUUAAAAACCUCUUUUCGGACAGUAAGAAGUCCAGCGGUUCACUGCUGAGGUCUCUUUUCUCUUUUUCUAUUAUUUUUGCCGGAAAUCUUUUGAGUCAAACUCUAGUCGGCACAAAUCACUAAAUAAAGUAAGAAUUUUUUUCUUUUGGUUUUCCGUUAUCGCUGGAAAAUAAAUACGGGAGGAUAAAUACGGAAAAUGGAGGUCACAUAUUACGCCUGUGAAGGUGAGAAAUUUCAAAAUAUUACCGAAACAUUUAUGAACUCAGCCACACUUAAAAAACUUAAGCCUGUCAUGGGAAAUCAUUUCCAAUCUGACUAUCUUUGGUCUUCUUCACUUUCUUGUUAAUAUUCGAGUAUAUUCUAGAAAAUCAAACGAUUGUUAGAUUUCUUAUGAUUUAGGACUGUAUUGUGACUCCUGCUAAAAUUAGGUGACACUGACCCCUUUAAUUAGACUAUUUUGUUCACAGAAACGAACUUGAAUCACCGGCGUUAUUUAAUUAUUAAAAAUAGUAUUUAAUAAUCAAAAUUCUUAUCCUGUACACUCCUUUGAUGUUUGAAACAAUCAAAGUAGGUUUCUGUGUACAUAUGUAUCUAAAAUCUAAAACCUUCGAAUUUGAUGGAAUUAUGUUUAUAUGGAGAUUAUUUUGCCAUUAAAAUAAAGCUUUCAAUUACUUUUUUUAAUGAAAAUUUUGUCUGAAAGCAGUCAAGAAGUAUACCGGGAUACGAAGAGGCUGAGACGUUUGACGUGUGUGUUGCUAAGCAAUACGAGGGUACGUUUCCUGAGGUCACGUGAUAAGUUUCUAAAUGCUUCCGUCGUUUCUAAUUAAUUUGAUCGAAAUGCACAUUUGUAAAUCAAAAACCCUUCAUACAAUGACGAAGAUUUGCCGGAACGCACCAGUCCUUUUAUUUCCCGGAUAACAAAAAGUAAUUUUGAGAAAAUGGUAUUUAACUUUAGCCAUUUUUAACUACACCUCAUAUAUUGUAAAGUUUUAAUGAAAUAUUUACAAAUUCUGACUAUUAAAUUUCAAUUGUUUUUUUCAA